AUGGCACAGAGACAGGAAGGUAUCUGGAUGGAGUCCAGGUUCAGUCAGUCGGUAAACAAAUUAAAUUACUGUUUGUUCUGUUCUUUACACAGGCUAUGUGGAUGUAAUCUGUCUGCUCAAUCUCGUGGAAGUUUGUCUUCAGCUCUACAAUCCUCACACUCUGUCCUGAGAGAGCUGGACCUGAGUAACAAUGACCUGCAGGGUUCUGGAGUGAAGCUUCUUUCUGAUGGACUGAAGAGUCCAAACUCUAAGCUGGAGAUACUGAGGUUGUCUGGCUGUAUGGUGACAGAGGAAGGCUGUGGUUAUUUGUCUUCAGCUCUGAGUUCAAACCCCUCACACCUGAGAGAGCUGGAUCUGAGCUACAAUCACCCGGGAGAUUCAGGAGUCAAGCUGCUUUCUGAAAAACUGGAGGACUCAAACUGCUCAUUGGAUAAACUGAAUGUGGAUCAUGGAGGAGAAUCCAGGAUUACAGCAGGUCUAAAGAAAUGGGUCUGUUUUCUCACACUGGAUCCAAACACAGCACACACUUUUCUCAGUCUGUCUGAGGAGAACAGAAAGGUGACAGGUGUGAGAGAGUAUCAUCCGUAUCCUGAUCAUCCAGACAGAUUUGAUGAUGAGUGUCAGCAGGAAGAGACGGGGUGA